GAGCGUCUGCCGUCAAGCGAAGCGGGGAAGAUGGCGGCGCGGUGGGCAGUGGGCGCGGGUGGUGCCUGGGUGCGCGGUCUCCUUGGCUGGGCGCGGCCGGAGAGGUGGCUGGCAUCUGGUAGCCUUUUUCCUCUGUCAUGCAUCCACACAAGUGCAUCUCUGCAGAAGUUUGGGAAGUGGGAGAAAAAGAACAGGAUUGUUUACCCUCCACAGCUGCCCGGAGAACCUCGCAGACCAGCUGAAAUAUAUCACUGUCGGAGGGAAAUAAAAUAUAGCAAAGAUAAGAUGUGGUAUCUGGCAAAACUGAUAAAAGGAAUGUCCAUUGAUCAGGCUCUUGCUCAGUUGGAAUUUAAUGAUAAAAAAGGAGCAAAGGUGAUCAAAGAGGUUCUGUUAGAAGCUCAGGAAAUGGCAGUAAGAAAUCACAACGUGGAAUUCAAAUCAAAUUUACAUAUAGCUGAGUCACUGACGGGCAGAGGCCGCUAUAUGAAGCGGAUUCGUUACCAUGGCAAAGGCAUGUUUGGCAUCAUGAAAAUCGUCAGGUGCCAUUACUUUGUGAAGUUGGUGGAAGGCCCUCCUCCUCCUCCAGAGCCACCAAGGACUGGUUUUGACCAAGCAAAAGAAUACGUGCAGCAGCUGCGAAGUAGAACGCUUGUAAAUACACUGUAACAAACUUUUGUGACUAUACAGA